CUUAACAGACUACACACUUGCACUUGCGGAGAGCAGCUACACAACAUACGGACAGGCUGUUUAUAGACUUCUCUCUGCAACAUAGCACCUUUGGAUCCUCUCAGCCAUGCCCCAGUGAGCCGCCUAUCUCUCACCCACACGGAGGAGUGCAUAUGCGCAGAGCAAAGGAUGCGCGCUGGAGGUCUGGUGCUGCCGUGGUGACUUUGGUAGCAUAGUAUUACCAAGCCUUGUCUACAGCUGUCCCUCCCUUUUUUGCUGCUAAAGCGUCCUUUGCCGGGAUGUCCACCUCUCCUGGAGCAGCCGACGGCAGCCAAAGGAACUCUUUGGAGCUGGAGGCUGACCACGCACAGAGGGUCCCGGGGGCGGAGCCAGGUGGAGUCCCGCCCACUCAGGUCAAACUCAAAGAGAGGCAGAAGUUCUUCGAGGAGGCAUUUCAGCAGGACAUGGAGCAGUACCUGUCCACGGGCUACCUGCAGAUCGCUGAGAGGAGAGGAAGCAUGUCGUCCAUGGAGGUGAACGUGGACAUGCUGGAGCAGAUGGACCUGAUGGACAUGUCUGACCACGAGGCUCUGGACGUGUUUUUGCACUCGGGAGGAGAAGACAACAGCGCCGCCUCACCUGUCGCAGGCCCAGAUGUGGAGUCCUUUACCACAGAGAUCAGUCUGCAGGUGCCCACACAAGCAGAGCUGCGACACAAGCUCUGCUCCCUUUCCUCCACCUGCACCGACUCGGCCAGCCAGGACACAGAGGCAGGUGAGGAGGAUGAGGAGGAUGAAGAGGAGCAGGAAGGGGGCAGCAGGAGACCCCCUGUGGUGGUGACUCUGGACGAUGAGGAGGUGCACCCCGAUACUGCACUGAUGGACCGGGACGAUCACCAUGACGACCAGAGCAGCAGUAGUAAAAACUGUACAGGCAGCCGGCCGAAAGUUUGAGCAUUGUAAUGGACAAAACAGCUGCCAAACACACAUAAAAACACACAAACACACACAAACACUCACGCACUACAUGCAAGUCCCAUAUGGUUGCACUUACAGCCACAUGACCAUCAGGACACAGUUAAAUUACACCACAUUUUUAUCCACUCCCAUAAACAGUAAAUUAUAUAUGGCAUUGGUUGAGUCCACUGCAGGAAAUUGACAUAUUAAAAUAUUUUUGGUGUAAGUUUAACGAGAGUCUGGUGUCCCCAUGUACAUACCCAUUUGGGCAAACAUUUAUCAUCAGAAGAAUUUUAGGUAUCUGUCAUUUUCCUAAAGUAACGAUAAAUAUAGUACAGUGGUGGAAAACCUCAAAGCCAUUUUCAGAUUUUUCAUACUUGAAAGAGAAAGUUACGUUGACCAAGAGACGUAGUUAACUGUGGCCUGAUUAAAAGUGAGAAUACAAAUGGACAACAUGCCAUUCUCUGGACCGUCACACUGGGGUGCAGCUCCCCUUUACCAAAUGGACCAAACUCCUGAGACUGUGUGCUAUGCACUGGACAAGGCUGAACCUCUCCUAUGUUUUGGUACAGACAUGUCGACGUGUGUGUGAUGUGACAACCAUGACCCCUGACCUCAGUUAUUAAGAAUGCUGGUAGUAAAUGUUUUAAAAAUCAUCUAAAUACUGGGAAAUGGAGUGUGGAGGACUUUUGGACUUUUGGAUCUGUGCGCUGAAACUUUUGUUUGGGAGAUAAUUUAUCAGUGAAUAUGAAUUAUUAGGAUUAAUGUUUUUGAAAUGAAAAAUAAUAAAAAGCAAUAUUAGUGUUUUACUGAGAGUAAAUGACUUUUAAAGUGG